AUGUGCGGGAUACAAAGUGUUAACAUGAAGAUGAUGGGAUAUAAAAUAUUUUUGUUUUGUUUACUAGCGGUGGGCGUGUCUGGACAGUAUGAAUGGCAAGCCAGAGAUUCCUUUGAUGAGAUUUCACGUAAUAUGCAAAGGGUAACAAAAGACAAUUGCGAAAUCCAACAUGUUGGGGACCUUUACUUACCCGAGGAAUCGGUAUCUCAUCUUCCCGACAUCAAAGACAUUAACAUAAAUCCAGUGUUCCCUAACAGGACUCUUUUACUCCAUUUACACAAUACAGCUAUGAACAGGGCCUUCUUUUGGUCCUAUAUACUCCAGAGCAGAUUUAUUAGGCCAGCUAUAAAUGAUACUUAUGACCCUGGCAUGAUGUAUUAUUUUCUUUCUGCUGUAGCUGAUGUUUCAACUAAUAAACACAUUAAUGCUAGUGCUAUUUAUUUUUCACCAAAUAUGUCAUAUUCCAGCUCUUACAGAGGAUUCUUCAACAAAACCUUUCCAAGAUUUGCACCAAGAGCCUUCAGAGCAGAUGAUUUUAAUGACCCUAUUCACUUGGAACGAAUAUCAACAUUAAAUACAUUUACAGUCCAUGAUUUGGGUGCUAUCAAACCUGAUACAAGUAAUGAUUACACAUCUGAUUAUUAUCGUAUAAAUGAAUGGUACAAACAAUGGUUACCAGAUCAUGUAGAUAAAAGACAUGAUACAAAAACAACAUACCAAGUGGAAAUUCGAUAUGCUAACAAUACAAAUGAAACAUUUACAUUCCAUGGGCCGCCAGGUGCAGAUGAAACACCAGGGCCUGUUAAGUGGACAAGACCAUAUUUUGAUUGUGGAAGAUCAAAUAGAUGGUUAGUGGCAGCUGUUGUUCCCAUAGCUGAUAUAUAUCCAAGACAUACUGGAUUUAGACAUAUAGAAUAUCCCACAUACACAGCUGUAUCUGUGGUUGAGAUGGAAUUCGAUAGGAUAGAUAUUAAUCAAUGUCCACCAGGUAUGGGAAAUAAUGGACCAAAUAUCUUUGCAGAUACGGCUAGGUGUAAAAAGGAAACGACAGAGUGCGAGCCAAUACAUGGAUGGGGAUUCCGUAGAGGCGGUUAUCAAUGUCGUUGCCUGCCGGGAUAUAGGCUUCCUUUACAGGCGAGAAGGCCAUUCCUGGGGGAGAAGGUUGAAAGGGCAACUGCUGAGCAGUAUUACAACGGAUUUGACUGUCAGAAGAUUGGAUGGAUUCAAAAACUACCUGUACAAUGGGAACGUUCUGAUCCAUAUUUAAGAGAAGUAGUAUUGGACAAAUACCCAGAGUACUGGAACCAAACUACAGGCCCAGCCAGUUUAAGCCAACCAGUAAUGAACAUUCAUCGGGUUUUAGAUUAUAUUCUAGGUAUGAACAAAGAUAAUUGCAGAAAGUACAAACCCGAAGACCUACAGCUUUAUGGAGGAAUUAUGCACGGAGCAGAGGAAUUUUUCGAAAAUGAAGCGAAAAUGGCACUCAGACUUGCAAACUUUAUAAGCGCUUUCUUACAAGUUUCCGACCCGAAAGAAGUUUAUUCUGGGAAAAGAGUAGCCGAUAGGGAGCUCACAGAAGAUCAAAUGAUUGGAGAAACUUUGGCUUUAGUGUUGGGAAAUAGUCGCAUUUGGUCAGCUGGUACAUAUUGGGAAAGAAAUAAAUUUCCAAAUCGAACGCUCUUUGCUCCUUAUGCUUACAAAAAAAUUCUAAACACGAGGAAAUACAACGUUGAAGAUUUAGCCAGAUUGGACAAACCAUCCGAAGUCUACCUGAACAAUAUAUGGUUCAAAGAUUUAAAAUAUCGAUGGGCUUCUAAUUUCGAUAGUUUAGAAAAGUUCUGGCUGAAAAUUAGGAUACGAUUCAACGAGACCGGGGAAACCACAAUGAAAUUCGAACAUUUUCCGACCUAUUAUAGAGGUGCAAGAUUAGAGCAUGGACAUUGGACGCAACCGUACUAUGAUUGCUACGGAAAGGUUCCUAUGUGGAAAAUUAAGUAUGUGGCGCCAUUCUUUGGUUGGGACAGUCUUAAAGCGAAACUUGAAUUUAAGGGUGCAGUUGGUGUUACGAUGGAUUUAUUGAAAUUGGAUAUUAAUCAAUGUCCAGAUACCUCAGCCAAUGCUUUUGAAAGCACAGAAAAAUGCCACCAGAAAACAUCUUACUGUGUACCAAUCCUAGGAAGAGGAUUUGAAACAGGAGGCUACAAAUGCGAAUGUAAACAAGGCUAUGAAUACCCAUUCGAAGAUCCCAUAACCUAUUAUGAUGGACAAUUAGUAGAGGCAGAGUUUACAAACCUAGUAGAUGAUAACGAAACUCGCUUUAAUAUGUUUAAAUGCAGACUAGCGGGUGCUGGUAGUAUAGAAGUAAGCAUAACGACUGUUUUAGUGUUAUUAUUGAUUUCCUUGGGUUUAUAUAGAGUUUAA